AUCCAGCCACUCCCACAUUCACCAGUUCACAGAGCAAAGGUUCCCACUACAGUGUAGCGUCGUGUAGAAACAGAUCAAGUGAGGGAGAGGACAGGAAAGGAGAGAAAUAUGACAGGUUACACUCUCUCAGCUCUCAUGGCUCCAUUAAUACUCCUGUUGGUCCUUCUGUCUGAAGCAGCUUCUGACGUGAUUGUGGUAACAGUUGAUCCUGGAGAUGAUGUCAUUCUGCCAUGUCAGUCUGCUGAUCCCUCCAUCAGUGCUGUAGAGUGGACCAGACCUGACCUGGAGCCUGAUAUCAUCCUCUUAAACAUCGACGGACACUUGAAAUCAACCUACCAGCAUCCAUCCUUUAAGGACAGGGUGGAGCUGGUGGACAGAGAGCUGAAGGACGGAGACGUGUCUUUAACUCUGAAGAAUGUGAGCAGCAUCGACAACGGUACAUACGAGUGUCGAGUUAAACCAGAUGGUUCAAGACGUAGAAAGAGAGCCAUCAUCGACUCUGAGCCAAUCAGAACCAUCCGUCUGCAGGUUACAGAGCCAGACCUGAUUGAGCUAACAGUGUAUCCUGGAGAUGAUGUAAUCCUGCCAUGUCGGGCUGAUGAUUCCUCCAUCAGAGCUGCAGAGUGGACCAGACCUGACCUGGAGGAGCCAGAAUAUGUCCUCUUAUACAGAGAUGGACACCUGGAUCCAACCUACCAGCAUCCAUCCUUUAAGGACAGGGUGGAGCUGGUGGACAGAGAUCUGAAGGACGGAGACGUGUCUUUAAUUCUGAAGAAUGUGAGCAGCAUCGACAACGGAACAUACGAGUGUCGAGUUGCAUCAGGUGGUUCAAGACGUAAAAAGAGAGGCAUCAUCGACUCUGAGCCAAUCAGAAUCAUCCGUCUGCAGGUUACAGAGCCAGGUUCUGAGGAUGGAAACUCCUCUCCUGGAGGCAGAUACCAUGGACUGGCAGCAGGUGUUGCAGGUGGACUGCUUCUUCUAACUGUUGCAGUCCUGAUAUAUAAAAGACAUAAGGACAUGAGAUCCAGUGCUCGAAUUACAUGGGAGCCAGAGGGAGCCGAGCUCCCAUAGAGUGAGGACUGGCUC